GCAAAGUCCAGGCUGCCAGGCACAGGGCAGGCAUGGCCGGGCACUGCAGGGCAAUGGCAGCCAGGCUCCGGGCUUGGUUGGGCAUGGGCUGCCCUUCCUGCUGGCUGCGGGGGUGGCAUCGGUCCCCAGGGCUGCUGGGAGCACGGCUGGCCCAUGGUGGGGCUGCAGACCGGCUGCAGCAGGAGUAUGACGCGGUGGUGAUUGGAGCAGGGCACAACGGGCUGGUGGCAGCUGCCUACCUGCAGCGGGCAGGGGUCCGCACAGUCGUGCUGGAGAAACGCCACGUGCUGGGUGGCGCAGCCGUCACAGAGGAGAUUGUGCCAGGCUUCAAGUUCUCCCGGGCGUCGUACCUGCUCAGUCUGCUGCGGCCGCAGAUCUAUGCUGAGCUGGAGCUGCAGCAGCAUGGUCUGAGGGUGCUCCCGCGGGACCCCUACUCCUUCACCCCGCUGCUGGAGGACAGGAGCUCCCCCCGCUCCCUCCUGCUGGGGCACAACAUGACCCAGACCCAGCAGCAGAUCGCACAGUUCUCCCAGAAGGAUGCCCAGGCUUAUCCUGAGUACGAGGCAUUCAUGGGGGGCUUGGUGUUGGCUCUUGAUCCACUGCUGGAUGCUCCCCCGGUGGACACAGCUGCCCUGGGGCAGGGGUCCCUGCUCCAGCGGCUCAGGGCCCUGCAAGCCCUGCGGCCCCUGCUGCGGGCAGGUGCAGGCAGCUGGACCUGGUGCAGGUCUCAUGCUGCCUCUGCACCCCCAGGGCUGGCGCUGGGGUGGCAGCUGCCCCGCUAUUACGAGGUGCUCACAGCCCCCAUCUCCAAGAUUCUGGACCAGUGGUUUGAGUCGGAGCCCCUGAAGGCAACUCUGGCUACUGACGCGGUGAUUGGAGCUAUGGCCAGCCCCCACACCCCUGGCAGCGGGUACGUGCUGUUGCACCAUGUGAUGGGUGAGCUGGAGGGACGGCGGGGGGCCUGGGGCUACGUGGCCGGCGGGAUGGGGGCCCUGUCCCAAGCCAUCGCCUGCGCAGCGGCUGCCCAAGGAGCCCACAUCUUUGCUGAGAAGGCGGUGUGCCAUGUGCUGCUGGGCAGGGAUGGGCGGGCACAGGGCGUCGCGCUGCAGGAUGGGACAGAGGUGAGGAGCAAACUGGUGCUGUCCAACGCCUCCCCCCAAAUCACCUUCCUGGAGCUCACCCCCCAGGAGCAGCUGCCAAAGGAUUUCAUCCAGCGGAUCAGGCAGGUCGACACACGCUCCCCUGUCACCAAGAUCAACGUGGCAGUGGAUCGGCUGCCCAGCUUCCUGGCUGCCCCCAACGCCCGCGAUGGCCAGCCCCUGCCCCACCACCAGUGCUCCAUCCAUCUCAACUGUGAGGGCACCCACCUCCUGCACCAAGCCUUCACUGAAGCCACCCAUGGGCACCCCUCCAGCAGGCCCAUGAUCGAGCUCUGCAUCCCCUCGGUGCUGGACCCAGGCCUGGCCCCACAGGGCUGCCAUGUCGUGUCCCUCUUCACCCAGUAUACCCCCUUCAAGCUGGCGGGCGGGCAGCCCUGGGACGAACAUGCCAGAAAUGCAUAUGCAGACACAGUGUUUGACUGCAUCGAAGCCUAUGCCCCAGGGUUCAAGGCAUCUGUCAUCGGCAGGGACAUCCUAACGCCACCAGACCUGGAGAGGAUCUUUGGGCUGCCUGGUGGGAAUAUCUUCCAUGGAGGGAUGUCUCUUGACCAGCUGUACUUUGCCCGACCAGCACCAUCCUACUCAGGCUAUCGCUCCCCAGUUCCUGGCUUGUACCUUUGUGGAAGUGGAGCCCACCCUGGAGGAGGAGUGAUGGGAGCAGCAGGACGCAAUGCUGCUCGGGUGGCCCUUGAGGACUUCAGGCGCCUGUGAUGGCAGCCGUAACACUGACUUCACCUAUGCAGGGUUGUGACUGCAGCAAGCCAUGCUGUGCCUACACAGAGUCCUGCCUGUCCCCAACUUCCUUCCCAGGCACCCCAGGGCAGCAGCAUCCCCUGAGAGUUGGGGGGGUGCAGGCUGGCAGGGUUCCUUCUGCUUGCAGCUGCCACUCUCACCUUGAACACGUGGCUGCUUCCAGCCCACCACAGCCCAGCCUUGCCCAGGUGGCUCCUGGGCACCAGGCAGCCAUGGCAAGCCUUGCUCUGCCCCUGUCUGCACCCGCGGAAAUAAACCCUGGCCCAGG